AUGAAUGACUAUACGUGUAGAAAGUUCCUUUUAGUAAGAUUGAAUUUUCCAGAUAUGUUGACUAAUGGAAACUAUAAAUUGACAAAUAAUGAAUUGAAAACACAUUGUACUAAUAAAUGUGAUAAGGAUAUCGAUAAAAUUAAUGCUGUAUGUUUAUGGUUGUUUAAUGUAUUUUUUGAGAGUGCUUCUGUGCUUUCGAAUCAUAAUAACAUCAAUAUUGUCCAAUAUAUUAUGAUAUGGUUAAGUUAUAUGUUAAGUCUAAAAUCACAUGACAAAAUCAACAAUCUAAAUGAUUAUUAUGAAACCCAUAUAAAGAAUAAUAAUGAUUAUAAUAAGCAUAUAUCUGGUGUAGGUUCCUAUAGUAAUUAUAAGAAUCUUAUAGAUAUAUAUGAUUAUUUUUUAAGUAUGGAUAUGAAGAUUAUAUCUAAAUUUUAUGAUGCAUUUACAACAUUAUGUGGUAUGUAUACUAAUUUUGAUAAAAACAGCCCAGAUUGCCGGAAUUAUUUGAAAAAUGCUAAAGAAUUUGUUAAAAAAUAUGAUGAACUUAAUGAAGAUUAUAAUAAUACUAAAGGCAGUUCAUAUAAUAAAAUAUUGUCUACAUUAUCAAACGAUUAUAAUAAUUUUAAAAAGGAUUAUGAUAGCGUUGGAUGCAAUAAUUUCCCAUCCCUUCCAACAUAUUCACGAAGAUCAGUAAUAAAAAAUGCACUAAUUUCAAUUUCAUUUACAUUUGUUGCAGUAUCAAUUUUUUUGGGAAUUGCUUAUAAGUAUUCAUUAUUUGGAUUUCGGAAACGAUCACAAAAACAGCAUUUAAGAGAAAAGCUAAAAAAAAUAAAGAAGAAACUGAAUCAUUAA